UUUAAGUAUGCAUUAAAAACCAAAAGCUUUUAUCCAAAAAGUGACUUCGUUCAAAGCUAAAUAUUACCGUACCAAUUUUCAGAGAAAAUUACAAUUUAAUGCCUUUCUCGUAUGCUUUUAAAAUAUUUUCUCUUCAAUUAAUCCUCUAGUUAAAGCUAUCAAAAUUUUAUAUAGAGUAAAUGGCAUCGAAGACCAAUGCGAAAGAAAAACGUAAAGAAAUUUUUGAUGACGAUGUUGAUAGGUAUAUUUCUACAGCGAAAGUUAAAUCAGGUAAGGAUGGAAGCAAAGUGACGACAGUAGUAGCAACACCUGGUCAAGGUCCAGACAGGCCGCAGGAAGUCUCUUAUACAGAUACCAAAGUAAUCGGAAACGGCAGCUUUGGAGUCGUUUAUCAGGCCAAAUUAUGUGAAACUUCGGAGUUGGUAGCCAUUAAAAAAGUACUACAAGAUAAGAGGUUUAAGAAUCGCGAACUACAAAUUAUGAGAAAAUUAGAACAUUGUAAUAUAGUUAAACUUAAAUAUUUCUUUUACUCUAGUGGAGAUAAGAAAGAUGAGGUGUACCUGAAUUUGGUUUUGGAAUACAUCCCUGAGACCGUGUAUAAGGUAGCACGACAUUAUAGCAAGUCAAAGCAAACUAUACCUAUCAGCUUUAUAAAGUUAUAUAUGUACCAAUUGUUCCGUUCGCUAGCAUACAUUCAUUCAUUAGGUAUAUGUCAUCGGGACAUAAAACCACAAAACUUGUUGUUAGAUCCAGAGACUGGAGUGUUAAAGUUGUGUGAUUUUGGAAGUGCGAAGCAUCUUGUAAAAGGCGAACCUAAUGUAUCAUAUAUCUGCAGUCGUUAUUAUAGAGCACCAGAAUUAAUAUUUGGUGCAAUUGACUACACGACAAAGAUUGAUGUUUGGAGUGCAGGGUGUGUUUUAGCAGAGCUACUUUUAGGACAGCCUAUUUUUCCAGGAGACUCUGGAGUUGAUCAGUUGGUGGAAAUCAUUAAGGUGUUGGGAACACCUACCAAAGAACAGAUUAAAGAAAUGAAUCCAAAUUAUACAGAAUUUAAAUUUCCACAAAUCAAAUCGCAUCCCUGGCAACAGGUAUUUCGUGCACGAACACCUCCAGAAGCAAUUGAAUUGGUAGCCCGACUAUUAGAAUAUACACCAUCUUCGCGAAUUAGCCCUUUACAAGCUUGUGCACAUUCUUUCUUCAACGAAUUAAGAGAACCAAAUACUCGCUUGCCCAAUGGAAGUGAAUUACCACCGUUAUUUAAUUUUACUGAACAUGAACUAAAUAUUCAACCAGCACUUAACUUCGUACUUCUGCCGCGAGCUGGUCAAGAAGCUACUAGUAGUCCACAGGAAGGGGCUGCUUCAUCUACUGCAAACCAAGAAAAUGCCGAUUCGACGUCUACCCCCAUUCAGGCAGCAGCUGGAUCCGGUAUAGCUUAGUUAGUCAAUCCCUUUUCCUUCUAUUCACCUAAGCAGGCGCUCUAUGUGCGGCCCAUUCAUAUUUAGAGAUUGUGUGUGAGAGGACAGCUGUAUUAGAGAAAUUAUUAUCAAUUUAAUAUACGUGCGUUGUAAAGAACUUACUUAUUUGCGCAGGAUGGGCUAAAAAACGAGAAUACCUUUGAACUACAUCUGUGAUUUUUAGUGCGGUCAAUAAAUGAGGUUAUGGAUGGGUUAGGAUCGACCGAUGCUGAUGAGUAAUGGGUCUAUACAGAUAAUUUAGAGUGCUUAAAAUGGCAUCAAAAUGUUAUUAUUGUGUUGAAAUAGAUUUACAAUCAAUACUAUUUAGUGUUUUAUUUGUCAUCUUAAUUUAAGUUUUAUAGGCGAUAGCACUUUUUAACAUUGUGAUUUUUCUCUACAUAUAAGUAGUCUUACUUAUAUUUUACUCCAACAGUAUAAAACAAAAAUAAUUGUAUUAUAUUCUUUUUUAUACUUAGUCACAUUAAACUGGCUAUUAAAACAGUUACACACAAUAAAUUUUAGAUAAUCAGCCACUCAAUGUAAAGCAUUUAAAAGGUAAUAGAAACCUACCUUUAAACCAAACUUAUAAUUUAUCAUUUUUAUUCAACAAUUUUUAUGACAGGAUCAGAGUCUGCUAAAGACUAUUGUGUCGCGGCAACAAUUUAAUAUUGAAGAUGAAAUUUGUGCAUUGGCUGCUGAUAUUGUGGCCCUUUUACGCUUAAUCGAAUUAGUAAAAUUGUUUUUAUCAUUCAAAUACUACUAAUAAAACCCUAAAAAAAGGUAAUCACUAAAACUAUAUCAAAUUAAAUUAUCAUGUAUCGGCCUUACUUUUUAAAAACAAUAUCAGAAUCAGUCGAUUCCCUGUCAUUAGAAGUUGGUUAGGGGUACGUUUGUUUUUUGGCUCAUUUUAUAUGGUAUUUAAUAAUGCCUAAUUUCUUUUAUUUUUCCUUUUGCUUUAAUUUUUACCAUGCCAAUUUAAUGUUGACAGUUUUGUGUAUAUUUGAAAAGUGAUAUCGGUAAUAAUUAGACCAAUAUAAUCUGCACAAUGGAAAAAGCAUAUUUUAUAAAUCAUUAAAAAUAUGUUUCAACUUGGAUCACAAAUCUACUAAUCAGUCAUACUAUGUAUAAUGUCAUCAAGGGUACUAUUUCUGAUAAACUUACGUUUACCUAUUAAUAGUUUACAGAUUUUCAGUGGUAUCAACUGAAAUAUUUUGAAAUAACAUUUCAAAUUUCAUCCUUUCACGUUUAAAAAAUGUUGAAGUAUAUUAGCGAUUUAGGGGGGGGGGGUCCUCAUCGCUUAUUUUAUUGGAUAUGAUAAUAAUAUCAUUUAUGCUAGCUUAAAACAAAAUAAAUGUUUUCUUUUUGAUAAGAAAUUUUAGUUAAAAUUUAAUAUUUGGAUGAUAAAAUGGGAUCUAAAUUAAACUAUUGACUAAUACAAAUAGAAAUGAUUGGAAGGUUUACAGAUCAAAUGGUCAUUUAUUUCACUGUUAAAAAAGUUGAUUUUAUUAUAUUUCCAUAUUUUGGAAGAGUAUCAGUGAUAUAGAUAGAAAUUAUCAACUAAAAAUACUGAAUCAAUUUUUUUUUAUUGGAAAAUAUGUACCUUAAAUAUCUUACUAUUACCGAAAAUCCUGUAGCAUAUUGAAAAAUCUGGUCAUUUCUUUUUAUUAUUAUAUUGGCAAAACAAUAGUAAUGUGUAUA